AUUUGACAACUGACAUGUGUCUUUGACAGUGUUCAUAAUAACCAAAUUGGAUUCUUUAUCUAAUAAAUUUGAAACACUUUUGAAACGACCUUUACGACUCAAAGCCUAAAACAAGUUCUAUGAAAUAAUAUAUGAAAAUUUUAAACAAAAAUCAAUAAAAAAUUAUUCAAUUUAUUAAAAAAUUGUUAAAGUAGUUGAACUUUAAUUGAAACAUAAAGAUUUGACAUUAGAAAAUUAAAAACAUCAUAGUCCCACGUGCUAAAAGUAAACAUACAGUAAUAAAUGCGAGAACUGUUAUAAUGCCUGCAAUUUUACAAAAUGAUGUGCUAGUAUAUAAAGGCAGCAAUUUAUUUCGCCAAAGAUUGCUCCUUGCGACGUUAAGUGGCAGAGCUAUAAAGAUUGAGGAAAUUCGAAGUUCUUUUGAUGAUCCAGGCUUAAGAGAGUAUGAAGUCAAUUUAAUACGUUUACUGGACAAAAUUACAAACGGAUCAAGAGUAGAGUUAAGUGAAACUGGAACCUCUUUGUACUUUCAACCAGGAAUUUUAAUUGGUGGUCAAGUCACCCACAGUUGUUGCACACAGAGAGGUAUAGGUUAUUAUCUAGAAGUAUUGCUAGCGCUGGGACCAUUCUGUAAAGAACCGUUGAAUGCUGUACUGCAGGGUGUGACUCAUCAUGAGUUGGAUGUAUCUGUUGACAAAGUAAAGUCUGCAGCAUUACCAAUAUUGCUUAAGUUUAUAUUAGUCGAUGACGGCUUGGAACUUAAAGUUGUCAGAAGAGGAGCUCCACCUUUGGGCGGUGGUGAAAUAGUGUUCAAGUGUCCCGUCCGCCGUCAUCUCCGGCCACUCCAGUGCAGUAAAUGGGGAAUGGUGAAGAGAAUCAGAGGGGUCGUGUACGCCUUAAGAGUAUCACCGACUAUGGCCAAUAGAGUUGUAGAGGCAGCCAAAGGGGUGAUGUUAAACUUCCUCCCCGAUGUUUAUAUAAACACAGACCAGUGUCGUGGAGCGAAUGCCGGGAAGAGUCCUGGAUUCGGAGUCAGUUUAGUUGCUGAGACUACUGAAAAGACAUUUUACUGUGCUGAAGCAAAGUCGGCCGAGGUUGGUUCCGGUGAGCAAACACUUCCCGAGGACUUGGGUCGGGAGUGCGCCCACAUGUUGCUGGACGAGGUGCGCCGGGGCGGAGCAGUCGACAGUUCCUUCCAGUGGUUGUUAGCGCUCUGGAUGGCGCUCGGACAGAAAGACGUCAGUGAGUGUGUUGUUGGACCCCUCUCUGAUUACACGAUCAAGUUCUUGCAACAUCUCAAAGAGUUCUUUGGCGUGAUGUUCAAGUUAGAAGUCCUGAGAUCUGAAGACGAUGAGAGCUCAGACGAGGAGGACAAGUUCGCGAUAGCACAGAAGAUUAAAAUGACUUGUGUUGGAAUAGGAUAUGUGAAUAUUAGUAAAAGGACUUUAUAAUUAAAUAUAGCAAACUAAAAAUAACUAAAUAUAA